AUGCUUGCAGAAUGUCAACAACGAAAAGCUGAUGAUUUAAUAACGACUUAUUAUAAUCAUAAAAAAAAACGUGAACAAAUGUCACCACAUAUAUUUGCAAUAACUGAUGAUGUAUAUCGCUUAAUAUUACAAAAUCGUAAGGAUCAAUCAAUUUUAUGCACAGAUGAGUCUGGUGCUGGUAAAACUGAAAACACAAAAGAAGUUAUUCAAUAUUUGGCUUAUAUUGCUGCUGCACCAAAAAGUUCACAACGUUUUAUUUGUGAAGGUGAACUUGAAGUUCAAAUUGUACAAGUAAAUACAAUUCUGGAAGAUAAUAAUAAAAACUUUUCUUUUUUUUGUGCUAAAGCGUUUGGUAAUGCAAAAACAGUUAAAAAUGAGAAUUCAUCACGAUUUAGUAAAUUUAUUCGUAUUAAUUUUGAUAUAUCGAAUUUUAUCACUGAUGCGUCAAUUGAAAGAUAUUCACUUGAAAAAUCUCGUAAAAUAUAUCAAGCUAAAGAAGAGCGAAUAUUUCAUAUAUUUUAUCAUUUAUUACAUGGUGCUAAUACGAAAAUGAUUAGAAGAUUUUAA